AUGGCUGCCAUGUCCGCUGCUGCAGUAGCGACAGCCAACACCAUCACGCCGCCCAGUAGCAGCCAUGGUACUGGGAACCUAAACUCCUGGGAUAACACUGAGAAUUCCCAUGAUAAGAACUCCGUCGGCAAACCCCUGUCCCAGAAUGGUAACUCUGGGAGUCUCUACGAGUAUGGCUUCGAGCCCCUGCCGCCCCCGCGGAAGAAGGCUUCGAACGAUAACUUGUCCCUCUCCAAAAAGAGGAACCGCCGCGACACCGAUACAUCGGCGAAGUUGGGACUGAACAACGCUGAUGAUGUCUUUGGGGGAAAGAAUGGAGUCGCCGAGAAACGAUCCACAGGUGACCUUCAGAACGGCCUUGUCGAAGACUCUAAAUGGAUUCACCGUGACAAGCUGGCUCGGAUCGAGAGCGAGGAGCUCCAGGCCGCCGGUAUCAUUUUGCCAAGGCCGCGUGCGAGCAGCAGGCCGCGAAGGGGUCGAAGCGAGGAGAAGCUGAACGGGAGCACCAAGAGGACCACGUCCGCUGCUGCCGAUGACGAGAUGCCUCGCCCGCGGUCCAGGAAGACCUCGUCCGUUUCCCCCGAGAACAGGACCCCUCUGGAAAAGAUGCCAGACCUUGAGGCCUCCGCUUGGGACCUGCGACGGCCCGAGGAGAUUGCUACGGAGGGUGACGGAAACUACUGGAUGUCCAAUGGUGAGAAGAAGGGUGGCUCCAAGAUUCCCGUUGCAAAAGCCAGCCCAGCCCCCAUUCCCGAGUACUACAUUGAGAGAAACGCACCCUCGGCACGUAGGCAGAGUGGCGGCACCAACGAACUUGAGACGAUUGCGUAUCCCAAACCGCGCCCUAGGAGCGGCAGCGCAAAUACUCUUGGUGCCACGCCAAGCUUGCAACCUGCGAAGCGCAGCGUCACCGAUACCUCUCCUCGAAAACCUAGCACCACCUCGACCACGGCUACGAGCAGGAAGACUUCGACCCAAGCCAAGCCCACUGGCAAACCAAGAACCAGGGGCGGCAAGGAUUCUACGAGCAGCAUCACGGCGCGCCCGACAACCAGAUCUGGAGACCUAUCCCCCGGCAACAAGAAGCCAGAGGGCGACCCGCCAUGGAUGGUGGGAACGUACAAGCCUGACCCCCGCCUUCCGCCCGAACAGCAACUCCUCCCGACGGUAGCAAGACGACUACAGCAAGAGCAAUGGGAACGGGAGGGCAAGUUUGGUAGCAUCUACGACAAAGAGUUCCGUCCUCUGACUGCCGAAGGUCUGUUGAAGCCUCCCGAGGCUGGACCAAGCACUGGAUCGCCAGAAGAAGAGAAGCAGGAGCACGAUGAAUGGCCUCUCAAGGGUAACGAGGCCCCCAAGAGCCCCACGUCCCCGAGUAUCAAGCAGAACGCAUCUUACUCGACCAUGCCCAAGCUUUCAGACAAGCCACAGUCCAGUCCACUGCCAAGCCCCCGCAGCCCUCGAAGCCCGAUGAUGCCUACCCAGCCGCCCGCCCAGGCGCAAACCAUCACCCGUGUGCCCGACGAACCCUCGGCGGCCAACAUGUCCAUGGGCGGCGAGAAGAAGAAGAGCGGAGGCUGCGGCUGCUGCAUCGUCAUGUAA